CUUGCAGCUGUUAACGAUAUUAUGACAGUUUCCACUACAGUUAGCCAAUGGAAUAGAACCUAUCAACAAUUUUUCUAGUUAUACUAAACAUUCUAUACUUAGUCCGAGUUAACUGCUAUUUGUUUAGGAAAUAACUCUUAUUACUCUUAUGUACAAGUAAACGUGUGCACCCCUUGGCUAAGAAAGCCAAUGACUCAUUAGUGAACGAGCUACGGAUUAGUAGAAUCUAUAAAUAUAAUAAACCCCUGAAACAUCUUGAGUAAACCCCCGAGCUUAUACGUCCGCCCAUCUCACAUCAAAAUCUUAGCAAUAAUGUCAGCUACUCACGAUUUACCUUCUCAAUCUGUCCGCUACCUACCCACGAAUGAGGCUUACGACCGAUGGGCGGCAGUUUACGAUACAGACGGCAAUUUUUUACAGGCGCUAGAUACUAUUGAGCUUAAGGCACUGUUCUCGAAGUUCCUGCUAUCUAUCACUUCCCCAAGGCCAUGGCGUGUCGUCGACCUCGGCUGUGGCACAGGCCGAAACACCAUGUUGCUUCUCGAUGUUCCUGAUGUUGCAGAGGUGGUCGCGCUAGACUCUAGCAAAGGCAUGCUUGAUGUCGCGAGAUCACGACUACAGAAGGCAGAUGAUGUUGUUGGUAUAUCAAUUAACAGCCCAGCGCGGGCAGCUCCGAAACUGCAUCUCGAAGUGUUCGAUAUGUUGACUGCGUCAUCUCCCCCGGUUGUCGCACAGCAAGCAGACGGAGUGAUCUCUACUCUAGUCAUUGAGCACAUACCUUUGCCAACAUUCUUCUCUCAGGUCUCGCAGAUCCUAAAGCCGGGCGGUGUGCUUCUACUGACCAAUAUGCACGAGCAAAUGGGUGCAAUUAGCCAAGCCGGGUUCGUCGACGCUAAUACGGGCAAGAAGAUUCGGCCGACGAGCUACACGCAUAGUUUAGCCGAUGUAGUGGCCGAAGCAAAUAAACAUGGAUUUGAUAUUGAAAGAGUUGGCGAAGGAGAAGGAGAAGGAGAGGGGAUCCGAGAGAGAGCAGUGGAAGACGAUAUGGUUGAAGGGUUGGGACCUAGGAGUAAGAAGUGGGUGGGUAUAAUGUGCUGGUUUGGUGGCUUAUUCAGGAAAAAGAGAGCUUAGAUGAAUACUACAUGUUAACCUAGGUAGUGAGCUCCUACAAGAAAGGACUAGACUAAGAAUUUGGGGUAUGCAUUUGGCUGUCAGUGAUGACUCAAAUUUGUAACGCGGGGAGUUGAGUAAAGCUGCGAAUUGCAAGCCAUAUAUACCAUAGCGGAGGUAGGUAGGUCCAUAUAACUAUUCCGUAAAUAUAAUAUUAUUUUAUCCGGUAAAACUAUUCCAU